AGAAACCAGUUCCCAGGUGAAGUUUUACCUGUGUUUACCUGUGCAUCCAUUUCCUGUUUCAAAAUGGAAAUCAGAUUUGUUUACAUUUUGAUUUUACUGUCAAUAAUUCAAAUAUCAGAAGGUAGCAUAGUUGUACAAUCUAAUGAUUACUGCUCAGUUUGUUCUGAGGAAUACUGCAGGAACACUCAAUACUAUAAAACAAAGUACAGCUUUGCACAGGAUGAUUACGACACUGUCCAAUCACAGUCAGGGAAUAAUUAUUACAGAGAUGGACAGAACUGUAUUGUAUACAUCAAGGCUAAACCAAGUCACCAGAUAGAGGUUUUAUUAACAAGCUUAGAUGUCGACUCCAAUGGAGAAUAUGAUUCCGCUGGAUAUCCUACAAAAUGUUAUGACUUUUUGAAACUUUUCAAUGGACCAAGAGUAGAUAAUGCUAGACUAUUACCAAAGGUACCAGCCUCUGGUAUCUGUGGCUCUAUGUAUCUAGAUGGUGACCUUUCCAAUCUUCGUUCCUUUAAGACGACUCAGAAUGAACUGACAAUUCAGUUUGUAACGGACAACAGAAGGGACAAUAAAGCUGGUUUCCUGUUGAGAAUUACUCAGAUUUAUUACUCAAAUCCUAAUAAUCUGUAUCCAGAGGGAGUAAAUCCUGGAGGCUGGAAUGAUGGAACAUUCAAUGAAUUCCAGAACAAGUGGGAUGAACAAGAUGUGAUCCCUGGUGGUAUUAUCCCCGGGGGUGGGAAUGAGUAUGACAAGGAAACAGGGGGUGUGUCUUGUUACACCUGUAAUACCUGUAACAAAGAACCAUUUGAUGCUGAGGCUUCUGGUAUUGGUACUAAGAGUGGAUGUUAUAUGUGUGUCAAAGCCUGGGAUGAUGCGUUUAAUACUGCUUCAAGAAAAUGUUUUACACAGUCAGACUACAUAUAUACAUUAGAAGUUUAUGAAGCAGAUCGUUACAUUGGAUGUAAACAGUUUGUGAACAGUUUUCAGAGGACUGUGAAUUACUGUUUCUGUAACACUAACAACUGUAACAGUGCAGCCAAGACAUUGUUUAGUCCGUUUGUUAUGGUGUUUUCAUUAGUUGUAUCAUCUUUUUUUAUAGUAUAUGACAGUGUUAAUAGCUUUUGGGAAUCGUUGAAAAAGAAACUAAUGAACAAUUUUAAAAAGAAGGUGAAACUAUAAAUGUAGAUGCAUAAAAAUGAUUAUUUUGCUCAUAAAAUUCUGUAAAAUUUAUAGUCGUAUUAAAUUU